GAUAUUUCGCAAUCGGUCGCUCUCCAUGUUACAAACAAAAACAGUCCGAGCUCAUAGCGACAGGAUUAAACUUCGGCUUUCUCCGGUGAGUCUUUCUUCUUUUGACGGACGGUUGAGUCCGCCGCCUCCCCGUGAAGGUUCUGUCCAGCUGCAGGACCUUCCUUUUUGCUUCCAGUCUUCUAUUCAUUUCUACACCUGAGGAGACUCUGGUCGGAGAUCAUCAUCUGCAGGCAGCACAUCCAAAUGAGCCGGCCGUCGCAGCCGAAACUAACUGCAACUGACCACAACGGCGUGAGCGUCAUCCAGAGCCAGGCCCACGCCACCACCUCCUCUUCCCUGCCGGCGGCCAUAGCCGGACUUCAGCAGGUCCCCCAACUCAUACCGGCAAACCCUUCAACCGGAGGCGGCAAAGCCCUCGCCCCCAGCAAGAUGAAGAAGCCCCCAGCAGACAAGGACAGUGAGGAGUACCGCCAGCGGCGCGAACGCAACAACUUGGCGGUGAAGAAGAGCCGCAUGCGCAGCAAGCAGAAGGCGAUGGACACACAACAGCGCGUCAACGAGCUGAAGGAGGAGAACGAGCGGCUCGAGGCAAAGAUCAAACUGCUGAGCAAAGAGCUGAGCGUCCUCAAAGACCUCUUCCUGGAGCACGCUCACAACCUGGCCGACAACGUCCAGCCGCCCGCAGGGGCAGAAGGUUCCAGCCCCGCCCCCAACAGUACCGCCACCAAUGGGCAGUGAGGAGGGUAACCACCAGGAUGAUUGAUAACCUGCAGCUUUUAUGGAAGCUUCUCCCUUUAGAGGCCGCACUUCUUCUUCAUGAUCUUUUUUCUGUUAUUUCAUCUCUCAAUAACUCACCGCCACCAUCAUCCAGAAUAACCACCAGUGUUCCCACAGUCCACCUGGAACAGUUCACAUUUUUAUUUAUCACAGCUGGAAUCAUUUUAGAAGAAAAAUCUUAAACGUGUUUUCUGGAAAAAUCUUUAAAAAUUCAAAGAAAUCCAGUGACUGAAUUCACUGGAUCUGACUGUAAAAAUGGACCAGUUAGUCAGUGAUGUCUGUGUGGAAGCUUUCAGAGCGAAGACUCCAGCUGUCUCAUCGAUCCUCUGAUUGAUUUGGGGGAAUGUGACGCAACGUGAACUCAUACAAACUGAGUCGCCUCCGUUAGGAUUCUCCGGGAAAAAGAAAACCCCACACAUUUCCUGCAUUUCCUCUUCUUGGUGCCGGUUUGGUGUGACGGGCCGGCCGUGGACGUCGCUGAGCGCUCUGCAGCUGCAGGAUGGACGUGUGAAUGCUGAAAUUCCCUUUUUCAGGAUGUGUAUUUUCGUCUUUUCUUCUACAAAGAGUUUGUUUAAAAAAAAGUUUUUAUUGUUAAGUACAUUCACUACAUGUUGAUGUUUAAAGGACAACUCUUUGUGUGUGUGUGUGUGUGUGUGUGUGUGUGUGUGUGUGUGUGUGUGUGUGUGUGUGUGUUUUUUAAUUACCAGUUUCAACCAUGACUCAUGUUGUUAAAGAUCAGCACUGGAAAAACACUUUUAUAUCUGAUUGUGAGUAAAAACAGUUGAGUGAGGAGGGCAGGGUCACACACACAGACAGAAUUGUCCUUUACCAGGUGGUUUUAUUAACACCAUGUUUAACUUCUGUGUCUGAACAGUGAAGUGUUUCCUGCAGAAAGGUGGCGCGGGUUAAACCCUGGUCUCCUGCCAUAUCAGUGGCCGGUACACCUGCAGUCUUAGCAGGUGGAAAUGGCAGCGCUCGGCAGCCCCGACCAAACAGAGUGAAGAGCGCAUUUUGCUGGAAACGGAGACGGCCUGUUAUGUCGUACCUGCGGCAGAUUUGAGGUUUUGUCGUAGCCUCGGCGUCGGCGGCGUCUAUUCCACAGAAACUUUAACGUUGGCCGUAACUCGAGAACGAUGUGAACUAGGAUGUUCAGAUUCACAGCAUUGAUGCAUCCUGCUCAAGCUAGACCCAUCAGACUUCACACACUUGUUCGCUGACUUUAUCAGCACCCCUGACCCCCGCCCCGAGCGUUGGCACCCACUCAGUGGGGCUCUUGUUGGUACGUGUCACGGCAGAUGGUGUUAAAUGAGAGAACAUGGGCCUCCCUACCAUGAGUUUAGUUUAGUGUUGUUCUCAGCACAGAAGAGUCGUGAGUCAGUUUAUGUUGGUUUAAAUUCCUAAAGUGUUGCUUUAGCCUCAUAAUGUGAACAGGUAUACUUAAAGAUGUUAUAGCAUUAUGUUCAGGUCAAAGUUAAACCCACAGUAACACCUGCAGAGCCUCCAACAGUGUGAGUGAAAUUCCACUUUAACUCUUCAGCGAUCUGUAAAAAUCGUUUUAUUGUGUAUUUUAUUAGCUUCUGCGUUAGCAGAAAGGUGGUGUGCGCUGAACGCUGCAGCCUUCGGUCGCUGCUCUGAGGACGUCUCUGCCUGCAGUUUGACGCUUCGAUCGGGGGGGAAACCAGAGCAGCAGCGUGACCAGGGAAUCGGUUCUGUUGCUGACAGCGAGGCCAUGUUGUGUUGAAACUGUAAAGGUGUGCGCAGGAUGACACCCCCCCCCUCCACCUGUCGGAGCGGCCCGUCCAGACAGGUGUGUGUGUUUGCUGCUGGGUGGACCCAGACACCUCAGACUCUUCAGGUGAACCGCAGAUUUAAUUAAACCCACUUUUAACCCGGCCGGCUCAUUAGCCACCUGCUAAUGAGGUGUGAGCAGAUCGGGACAGGCCCACGCCCCACCAAAAUGCCGCAGAGAGGGGCGGGGGCCGCAGCGCGCUGCUGUCAGACUUUAUAAUUACAUGAGCUUUGUGUGGGCGUGGAGUGUUUUUCCACAGGGUUUGUCAGGAGCGUCACCUCUCUGCAGGAAUGUUGUUGCUUCUUCUGAGCUGCUCAGCGUUCCCACAGGAUUCUCCUAAUGUUUCCUGUCAGCUUUGAUUUUAUUUUAUUUUAUGCAGAAAUUUUAUUUUAUUUUGUUUUAUGCAGAAAGUUCAGUAAAUUUUAAACACAAACCUUCAGCUCAUCAGUGUUUUCUUCUUAUCUGCUACUUCGGGGAUGUGAGGUGUGACGCUGAAUUUCUAACCUGCAGUAACUGGUUGUUUUUCAGAGAGGAGCAGUGGAAAUUUGACCUGAAUCACUUCAGCUCGCUGCUGUUCGGGCUGAAAGUAUCAGUUCUUGUUGUUGUAAAAUAUUUUGAUUAAUAUAAGGCCUUGUGGGAACGGGAGUCUCAUCGUGCUCAGCCUUCACCUCUGCCAUUUUUUUAUUGAUUUUUCUACACUUUUAUUCCAACAGAAGCAUGUUUGUUAGGGGUGUGUUUGCAUGGAUGGGUGGGGGGUGGGUGAAAUUUUACUGCACUCAGAAAAUCGAAUCUUCCGGUCUUACCUGAGCGGAUCGGGAAGCAGACGUGAUGGUUGUGCUGUUUUGCUUUGGUCUGAAUGUUGCUGGGCAGCAUUUCUCUGUCACUCAGCUUUUUAUAUCAGAACUGGCUCACCUGCAUCCUAAAUUAAAAUUGAGUAUAAAAGUUGAAA